CGAAGCGAGCGAGGGAGAUGCACGGGAUUUUGUUGAAUACAACGUCAUCUUCAAUUCUAAAGAGAUUUCUAUAAUUUCCUUCGCAAUUCAGUUAGACCGUCAAUCAGUUAAAUUCUAAAACAGCGUUAUGCCGGCGACCCGGGGCGUAAAGCGGACGGCGUCCAAGAGUUCAGCCUCUGUUGCUUCUACGGGGCCAAAGAACAAGAAGAAACGCAAUGUAACACAACUGGAAGUACCAACGUUGCCGAAGAGACGCGGCCGUGUCUUAACUUGUGGACAGGGAGAUGUUGGACAACUCGGGCUUGGCGAGGAUGUUAUUGAGACCACCAGAUUCAAGCAUGUGACGGGCCUGGGGGAGAAGAUAGUGGACACCUGUGCCGGUGGCAUGCACACCGUUGCGUUGGACAGUGACGGAAAAGUAUGGACGUUCGGGUGCAACGACGAGGGAGCCCUGGGGCGGCCCACGUCCGGGGACUCCGACGAGGGCCGGCCGGGGGCGGUGGCGCUGCCCCGCGCCUGCGUCGCCAUCUCCGCCGGGGACUCGCACUCCGCCGCACUGCUCGACAACGGCGACGUGUACGCGUGGGGCGCCUUCCGGGACUCCCACGGCAGCAUGGGGCUGGUGGUCCGCGGGCGGGAGGGUAAACCGUGCCGGGAGCCCGUGGCGGUCCCGCUGCCCGACCCGGCCGCCGGGAUCGCCUCCGGGGGAGACCACCUUGUUAUACUUACCACUUCAGGGUCGGUAUACACGAUGGGUUGCGGCGAGCAAGGCCAACUUGGAAGGUUGUCGCAGAGGUCUGCCUCCCGGGAUACCCGACAGGGAUUCAGCGCGUUGCUAGUCCCAUCCAAAGUAACCCUAAAAGCGGGCGCGUCUCGCGUAUGGGCGGGCUACCACGCCACCUUCGUGCUAGACGCGAGCCAAGAAAAGAUGUUCGCCUGGGGGCUCAAUAACUACGGACAACUUGGUAUAACAGGCGAGAAGCGCAAGACAGCGCUGUACGCGCCCACCGCGUGCGACGCGUUCCCGGCGGGAGGCGGCUGGCGGCGGGUGGCGGCCGGCCAGCACCACUCGCUGGCGCUGGACGGCGCGGGGCUGGUGCACGCCAUAGGACGCGUGGAGUACGGCAGGCUCGGGCUGGGCGACCGGAGCGGUGACGCGGAGGUGUUGGAGCCGAUCCCCAAGCUGCAGAACAAGAAGUGUGUCAGCAUAGCCGCCGGGACGAGCAACUCGUUCGCUGUCACAGACACCGGGGAAAUCUACGCGUGGGGUAUGGGCAGCGAGGGACAACUGGGCACCGGCGGCAGUGCCGACGCCACGGAACCGACACUGGCUGUGUCCAGCGCCAUGCAAGGACACACCCCCAUACACGUCGCCGCGGGAGGACAACACACCGUGCUGCUUGUGGAGGACCCCAACGCGAAGAGAGAAGCGUCCCCAGCGCCGGAGAAAGAGACAGAAGAAGAGAAGAUAGAGGAGAAGUCCGAGGAGGAGCCAGAACCUGAACCUGAAAAGAAGCCGAAGGGCCGCGGGCACGCGCGCGGCCGCAAGCAGGAGCAGGAGGAGGAGGUGUCGUCGUCCACCAGCAGCGCACAUGCACAAGACGUGGCCGGGGACGCCGCGCCGCAGGCUAGGAAGAGGCGCACGACCCACAAAGCUGCGUCCAGCAAAAAGAAGGUGAAUGGGGACGAGAAGAAAGCAACGCCUAUGGAAAUCGAUGAAACUGACAACAAACAAGACAAAGACAAAAAGGAAGACAAAGAUACAGACGCGGACGCCAAAACAGAGUCUUCAAAAGAGGCCUCCAAACCGGAGACCACGGACUCUUCAAGCCAAGACACAGUCGAGAGCGACAAACCAUCGAGCGAGGACGUCGAAAUGCAAGAACCGGCGGCGGAGGCCAACCCCUCACAACCAGAGGCCGCUCCCACACAAGAACCAGAGGCCAAAGAACCUCCAAAAGCCGUCGAAGUCAACGUCAAUGGGGCUCAAGAAGAGCCAGUGGAAACUAAAACAGUCGAAGCGUUAUCUGCCGAAGCCCUAACGACGACGGCGUGAUGCUAGACACUUUGUAAGUCCAUUUUAUAGCAGUUUCGUGGUCGGGGCCUGCCAUCGUAAACGGUAGUUAGGCGAAGAGGAUAACUCUCAAAAAAAGGAUAUAGUUCAAGGGUCUUUUGUCGCGCGGCCAAAAUUAGAAAGAAAACGUCAUUUUUGCAUAAUUAUUUUUUGAUUGAAUACGGAGAUCGGCGAACGGAAAUAAGCGAGCAUUCAGGCUGUAAAAUGACGCUACGAAAAUCGUACCGCGUUGGGUGGGGCUUCAAAAUCGUACCGUCAUACCUGGCCUUUAUUGCUGUUCAAAUUCAAUUCAAAUUCAAAAAUCUCUUUAUUCAUUAGGUAACAUAGUUACACUUUGAAUCGUCAAUUUUUACAUAACGUCUCAUCCGACUAAAACUACUGCAGCUUCUCACAACCUGUAUAGCCGGGGAAAGGAAGCUGCAAGAAAAACCUCGGCACAGGGCCCUAGACGUUCUUUAAAAAAAGUAAACAAAAUAUUUUUAUACAAUCAUACCUCGACUGUGGUAUUAAGGUAUAAAUCUCAGCGUCUUUUGUCACUUGCCGGUAAGCACAUACAAAUAGCGACGUAAAAUCAAUAACAAUAGUGCUAAUUCCUGUAAACACCAUCUAAUUUUAUAUUAAGUUAUACCUGUCAUUUUCUUAUCCGCCGAAAAGGAAAAAGACGGGUAAUCGACAGGCAUAAAAUUUAUGGAACACACGUCAAUUUUAAGCACAAAUCUAAAACAACCCUAUAAAAAUUUUGGCUAAUAACCCGUCAGAAUUAAGUUGACAGCACACGUCAAACGGUGAAACACACAACGCUAUAUACAAGGUGUUAGUGACAUCGUAACGAAUACUGCGGGGGAUGAUUCACACCAUGAUUCUGAGUUAAUAUCAAGUGGAAUUUUCCGUCGCACAAUUCAUGAUUUCUUUUUAAUUAUUUUCGAUUCUAUAAUUUUGCGAUCGAAAAUUGCACUUGAAUAAUGAGCAACUCAGAAUAAUCAGCUGAAUCAACCCCCUCAGUAUUCGUUACGAUGUCACUUACACCCCGUACCAGUACGGUCAUGAGCAAUAUAAUGUACCCAAUUCAGGACUCUGUCGCACUAACGUAUUUGACAUUUAGUGAGACUUACAGUUCAAUUUGUCAAAAAAGUUAAUGUGACAUGGUACCAAAAUGUAUACAUAUACAGGUAGCCAUACAAGUAGGUAUGAGUAUUAGUGACAUCGUAACGAAUACUUAGGGGGAUGAUUCACACCAUGAUUCUGAGUUUAUAUCAAGUGGAAUUUCCUGUCGGGAAUUAUUUUCCGUUCCAUACUUUUGCGACGGAAAAUUCCACUUGAUAUCAACUCGGAAUCAUGGCCUGAAUCAUCUCUCAGUUUUCGUUACGAUGUCACUAACAUCUCUGUAUACGUAAUAUGUUGUUUUUUGGGAAUGAACCUUGGAAAGUUCCUCAGCGACAGAAGAUCCUUGACCUAAUGUUGUUGGGUUGCCGUUCUAAAGGUACCCAGUUCAUGGUAGGUAUACAGGUCGUUGUUGUAAAGUGAAAUUGGAGCUGUAUACAGUUGGUAUUGUGACAUUUCGGACGAUGUGUGUUGUUUAAAUAUAGAAGUUAUAUUUUUGUAUGGAUUUUGAGAUUAUUGUAAUACCAGCGUGGCUGUGCGCGUGUCCCGUUUUCUAGAAUAUCAGAAUAUACUUCUAAGUUGUAGCUUAGAAGUUACCGUUAUCAACAUUUAUAUUUGAAAAGUGAAUAAUUUAAUUUAUAAAUAAAUUAUUAUAGAAAAAAAUUGGAUACACUACCAUUUAUUUUUAUUGGUAUAAUCGCAAUUAAUGUAAUUUUCUCUUUGAAUUAAUUUCAAAAUUCAUUUCAGAAAUUAAAUCAUAAACUAUUUGAUUUAAAAAAUCAAGACCAAAUUCAGUAUUUAUUUGAAAAAAAUAUUGAUCAUCUUUUUUUUAGUGUUACAGCAACGACCAAUUUGCAUAAUCAGACAUUUCAUAAUAAAAUAUUUAAAAUGUGAAACAGAUAUAUUCGAAGUCACUAAGAAAUCAAUGAUACAAAACUUGAAACAGAUUUUACAAAUAAGUAUUAUUGUAGGUGCAAUUUUGUCUCUCUCUAAAUACCAGUUUUAGAUUAUCACAGUAUAGUAAAUAAAUAUAAAUUAUUUAUUUAAAUUCACAUACGAAAAAAUUGCGUAAUUUUGAAAAAUAUUCUCCAACAACAAAACUGCUUUAAUUAAGAGAAAUAACAGUUUUAAGCGGUGUAAAAUUACGUACACAUCAUAUAUUAACUCACGCCUGUAAAUCCUAAUAGGAUGGGCAGAGCCGCAAGUAAUCAGAAAACAACUAUCAGCCAAUUUUGGAGAAGUCCCAAGAUGGAUAUGAUGAACCGUAGGUGAUCAGCUAAUCAAAUCAUUCAUAACAUAAACUUUGUGUUGGUAGGUUGUUGAAGUGUGUGUGAAUAUGUUUCAAAAUUAUUCAAUAUUUAAUCGAUAAUAAAUACUGACUUCGAAUAUAUAAAGCCGACCACGGAACUGCGAUUACGCCGCGAAAUCAUGUUUACAAGUUCUUUUACAAGGUUUUGUCUUGAAGGAAAUAGAUGAUUCACUGAAUUUCAAGAAAUUGAAAUCAUCAUCACCAGCCCACUAACGUCCCCACUGCUGGGUCACGGGCCUUCCCUAUGGAUGGAUAGGGAGAUCGGGCCUUAAACCACCACGCGGGCCCAGUGCGGAUUGAUGGUUAUUAACAACUGCUAAUGCAGCCGGGACCAACGGCUUAACGUGCCUCCCGAAGCACGGAGGAGCUCGAGAUGAACUUGUUUUGUGGUCACCCAUCCUAUGACCGGCCUUUGCGAAAGUUGCUUAACUUCAACAAUCGCAGACCGAGCGCGUUUACCGCUGCGCCACCGAGCUCCUCUAAACAUAGCGUCACGUAUCCCAUAAGGGGAAGGCAGAGACGUAUAGUAUGCACCCAUUCCUCGCGAGCUGUGUUUAAGUCCCAUGUGGUUCGAGCCUAUUGCCAUUAACCGGACACAAAUCCUGAAACCACGUGAUAUCAAUUAUAUAUGAUACAAACGUGAAUUUAAACUCACUCAUUUGGCUCGAACAUUAGAAAGAAAGAAACAUACAUACAUACAUAAACUCACGCCCGUAACCCCUAAUGGGGUGGGCAGAGCCACAAGUAAUCAAAGACAACUUGCAAGCCACUGUUGAUACGAUGUCGUAAGCUGGAUAUGAUGAACCUUAUGGUGAUAAGGGAUCAGCCUAUCGCCCAUAACAUUAGUCCAUCAUGUUAGAGGACACAAUCCCUCUGUCGGUUUUUACGACAUGCCCGGGAAGACAAGCAGCUGAACGUUUUCUGUUUUUUUAUUUUUAGAAAGAAAGAAACGUUUAUUAUAAAGGGACACCACAGUAACAAAUAUAUAAUAUAAAACACGGAGUAACACAUAACUUACAAUCAAAACACAUAAUAAAACAACUUACACGAGAAAUACAAAUAAUUGAGUGUAUGGACUGGUCAACGAUGGUGGUGGUGUCCUUUAUAAAAGGGCCUCACUCAGCAUACGCCGCGGCGCGAGCCACGACGUUGGUAUUCUGUGGACCCUGACGAUUAUAGACGGUUAUACCGCUCACCGAAAUUGGUCUAACAGAAAGCUCGGUGAGGUAUGGGUACUUAAUCCAUCUUACGAUACGCUACCUCUGACUACCCCCAUUGGGAAUAUAGGUCAGGUUAUAUGUGUGUAACUAUAUUGUCUUAGAUUACCAAUCCGCCACCUAUGCAAAAAUAAUGUAUUUUUAACCAUUUCAUCUUUGUAUUCGUCCAUAAUAUAAACUGUAGUCUUCACAAUUCACACUAGUUACUAAAACAGGUUAAAUUUCUUUCCACGGCUUAUAAAUGAUAUUUAUAAGAUAGAUAAUUUAUAAGUAAGAAAUUACCUUAUACAAAACGGAAGUAUGAAAAGAAUCGAUAAUGGUUUCGCGACGUAAUUUUAUCGACCGAAAGAAAUAUCUAAGUUAGACAAAUACGUCUGUCAUUAUGGCAAUAUAUAUUGUUUAUAAUUGAAAAGAAAUAAUGUUUAAACAUGCUGUGAAUCUGUAUCGGGACUCGUACGGAAGAACUGACAGCCACUUCUAAAUAUAUACAAACCCAUGCCCAUGGUGUAAGAAAACCAUGUAUGCUCAAUCCUAUGACAAGCUGCCAUUGCUAGACGUAAGUGUUAUCGCUGUGUUACCAUUAAAUUGGUAUCUCCAACAUUCCAAAAAAGUAAAGGAGAAUGGGCGAAUCUGGUCCAAGAACCUCCACUGAUGAGACUUAUAUGUAUUGAAAGCUUAUGCUUUCCCUAUGAUUCUGGCAAAGUUCUAUCAGAUUCUGUCUCGGGGUGCUUUUUCUACAGCCAUGUUUGUCCUGGCACCAUUUAGCAACAAAUCUCGAAUCGAUUUCAGUCCCUCAUUUUAUUUUAUCAGAUUUUUAGCCAAGACAAACAUGGCCGUAAAAAUAGAAUACCCCAGGACAGAAUCUGAUAGAACUUUGCCAGAAUCAUAGGGAAAGCAUAAGCUUUCAAUAAAUAUAAGUCUCAUCAGUGCAGGUUCUUGGACCAAGUUACAUACAAAUGUGCCCAUUGUCAUUUGAUUAUUGAAAAUUAAUCGACUCACUAAGUAAUGUAUUUUAUUACUAUUACUUGUCACAUAUAUAAAAAUCAUUAAAACUGUAAGUAAAUCUUUUACUAAAUGUUCAAAAUUUUCUUGCAAAAUUAAUAUAAGAAUAAUGGUCGUGGGUAAUUUAUUUUUUUCGAAAUGGCAACACAGGGUGGGAUGACGUCGGCUGGGCUAACCUUGAAAUGUUAGCUGUCACUUUUGAGCAUACCAGCCGCGAAUUAUAUUGAGUCGCCCGGCGCGAAUUAUAUUGAGCGCUUCGACCAAUAAACGAUACGAAUGCUAUCUACGUAGAUGGACGUCAAACGGCUAUUGGUGGAAGGCCGCGAUAUAAUUCGCUCCGCGCGCGGUGCGGUUACCGUGCAGAGCCAACUGGUCUUCUUAUAAUUGACAUUACAUUCGCGUCUCUUUCUCACUAAGCUAGUAUACCGUUAAUGCGAGAGAGACGAAAAAUACGUUCUUAUACCAUGUUAUAGACUAUAGAAAAUAACUGACGGUUUUUACGACAUGCCCGGGAAGAUAAGCAGCGUGAUAUAAACUCAUAUAUUUCUUUUUGGUGUAAACGGUAUAUGUUGACUGUAGCUGAUGCAAAAUUGUGGGUGACAUUUUAAUUACUAAGUGAAGAUUGGAAUGUUAAUAUUGUUGUUAGAUUAUCAAAGGCCUAUUUAUAAAGGUUAGGGGUGAUAUUGAGCCCUACUCCAGUAUAUACCAUCUAAUUUUAUUUCAAGUUAUACCUGUCAUUUUCGUAUCCUCCGAAAAGGAAAGGGACGGAUAAUCGACAAGCAUAAAAUGUGUGUUUCAUAAACACGUCAAUUUUAGGCACAAAUAUAAAAGAACCCUCUAAAAAUGUUACAUUGGCCGAUAACCCAACAGAAUUAUGUUGACAGCUCACGUCAAUCGAGUUUGUAUAUCAUGCCUAUUUUAUUCGCCCGGGUCUUCUAUCGUAUGGGUUGUGAGGUGGAUUACCAACCUCAUCAACGCUGGUGUCAGGGUUACUAUUGAGCCGCCAAAGGCCCCUGACAUGACUCAUGUAACGACUACUUACUUACAUCAGUAAGUAGUAACCGGGACCAACGGUUUAACGUGCCUUCUGAAGCUAGUUACUUUUGGACAAUCAGGUGAUCAGUCUGUAAUGUCCUAACCAAACUAGGGAUCACAAAGUGAUUUGUCCCCACCGGGAUUUGAACCGGGGACCUCCGGAUCGUGAGCACAACGCUCAACUAUUCGUUUUAAAAUUCCUUUUCUUUUUCGGCGGAUAAGAAAACGACGGAACUUAAAAGAAAAUUAUGAGGUGUCUGCAGGGAUCAGGGUCGAUGUAGUUUGAAAAUAUGACCAUCAGUUUUGUAUAAGCUUUGUAAGAUAUUUUCGGUCGGCAACAAGUGUAAAAUAGUUCGUACGAUCACGAUAUCGUAGUUUUAGAGUCGAGGUUGCUAGUUUAAUAAUUAUUAAAUAAAAUAUUAACUUUAAGAAUGUGUCUAGUGUUAUUAUUAAUGUAUGAGUGUUUACUGGUACAAAGCGAUUCAGGUAGGUUAGGAGUAGACGUAGAAAUUAUCAUUUUGCUCCAAUCGGAUACUUUACGUUACUUGUGGGGUUUUUGAGAUACCUAAGGAGUAAUAUCACACCCGUGAGACUCCAAAAAUGCCAGCGAGACCAUAGGCGGAUCCGGGGGGAGGCUUGCUCCACUCGUCAGACCAUUUCAGCCCCAUGUAAAUAGGUAUUGAAGUCUUAAAUAUCUCCCAAGUAACCAAUAUUCGAGUAUCCGACCGCAAGUAAACUUUUUGUUGAAUGUUUUAUUAUUUUAUAGAAAAUUUUUCGUGCAUGAAGUACAAAAGGUACAAUUUAUUUCACUGGACGAUGUUCUUAACUGUUAUAUUAUAAUGUAUUGUGUUUUCCUAAUAAAAGAUAGUAGUGUAAA